AUGGCAGCAGCAGCACAGGACCCUCUCCUCCUGUUUCGACAGGCAAUCGCAUCAGGCCAGCCCGUCACCCCCGUGGCUGGCGAUUCGGCCGACGAGGCGCCUCUGUCACAAGCUACACAAAUCCGAUUCGCAGACUCCACAGCCCUCCCCAUCGACUCGCCGACACGGUUCCAGCCCGAUGAGUCGACCACAAUAGACCUGCGCUCCAUCUACUUCGCCUGGGUCAACCGAGACCUCGCCAUCCCGGACUACAAUGCCGCCGCGACGGCGCUGAACGAGGAGCUGGCCGCCAAGGGCCUGGGCGCCACCGUGCACAAGCUCGCCUUUGUCGAGCGCGUCGACCUCAUCACCUGGCUCGAGGGCGGCGGCGAGAGCGAGUACAUAAAGAAGCUGCCGGGCGACGCGGCACCGGCGGCGGCGGAGGCGCUUAAGAGCUCGUCCCAGCCGGCGGCAUCCGCGCGGGCGGGCAAGGGGUCGCUGGACCCGAGGCUGCAGCAGAUCUACGCCGGGGAGCGCAAGAUGGGGGACCGCAACACAGCGCUGAGGGGCGUCAAGCCCAUCGACUUCUCGGGCGUCCGCAAGCACGCGGCGCUGUUCACCACGCGGAAGCCUGGGCAGCCGCCGGCGCCUGCUGCCGCGGCGGGAGGAGGCGCGGCGCUCCCGAUCAACCAGAAGCCGGCCAAGCGGCCGGACCCCAUCAUCCUGCUGUCGCCGUCUGCGUCGUCGCUGCUGCGCAUCUCCAACGUGCGGGCGUUCCUCGAGACGGGCCGGUACGAGCUCCCCGAGAGCGGGUCGACGGCGACGAUGCUCAACAUCAUGCGGGUGAUGCGCGAGAUCGACCCGAACCGCGCGAUGCGCUUCAUCCUGGUCGAGGGCCCCGAGAACUUCAAGCCCGAGUACUGGAACCGCGUGGUGGCCGUGUUCACGACGGGCCAGCCGUGGCAGUUCAAGAACUACAAGUGGAGCAACCCCAACGAGCUCUUCAGGCACGUCCUGGGCUGCCACGUCGGCUGGCGCGGGGACCAGGUCCCGGAUAACGUCCGGAACUGGGGCCACCGCGUCCAGUGCUUCACCGUCGACAAGUGGAGGGACCCGGGCCUCCCCGGCGCCGAGGCCAGCCGCUUCCGCGACAGGGAGGUGGUCGAGAGCAUCUGGAAGCAAAUUGAGAACAACAUGAGGUCCAAGGGCUGGAGGAAGGAUGCGGCCCCGGCGUCUAUCUGA